CUCUUAAAGGGGGUUUAAGGCAGGUGAAGAUCGACUUGGAGGGAGCGAACGGAACAGGAAUUCUAACCACUCUGAAAGAUUACGCCUAACCACACAAGCAUGGAAUGGAAACCAUUUUUGCUGACGCUGCUUGCCUUCCUUGCUCUUAUCAUACAGACAGAAUCCACGGAUAGCACAGAUAUAAAAGGUGCUUACGAUGAUUUAUCCCUCCAAGGCUCUGACUCCAGCCAGCCAGACAGACAGUCUGAAGAUAUUGUAGAUGAAAAUGCUUUAGACACCGAUGAAUUGGAUGACCUUCUAAAACGAGGAUCACUCUUCCGCUUUGGCAAGAGGGGAGGUUCACUUUUAAGAUUCGGUAAAAGGGGUUCUCUGUUGAGAUUCGGAAAGCGUGGCUCACUACUCCGAUUUGGAAAGCGCGGUAGCUCAAGUCUGUUCCGCUACGGUAAGCGGGAUCCCAGUGAUGUGUACGAUUUGCUCUCCAACGGUGACAGUAAGAGGACCAUUCUGCGCUACGGCAAGCGCGCCGACGACAUGGACAGUUUUGACGUUGAGGACUAUCUGAAUCGCUAUAACAAGAGGCAAAACAUAUUGAGAUAUGGGCGCAGCGCGGACAAGAGGCCGCACACGCCGUUCCGGUUUGGAAGAGAGGAGGAUGAGUAAGUCUCCUCCUAGGUACGGUGUGGUAACUUGUGUUCAAACAUCAUGUAUGUAUUCACUCUGAUCUUACUGUCACUUGGGGCAUAUGUACAGACAUGGGUGCGCCUAUAACUCAUAACAACAACAACUAUUACUGCGACCACUGCAAUCAGCCAAUCUAAGGCAGACGACUUCUUGGUUUGAGAGAACAUUGGAAUGUAACAGUCAUGGAUAUAAACAGAAACUGACAUGAACCUACAGAACCCUAUUAUCUACCCUCUUCUGCAAACCGUCAGAGAAACACUGUGACUAUUUCAACUUUGCUUUGUUUUUCAGUCGUAUCUUAUCUUCACUUGCGAAAAGAAUCUGCUUUCAAAUCUGACUACAUGUCUCGUCUGGGCCUUCAUCUAUCAAAAUCCUUAAUUGCUAUUUUGUGUAAAUGUUAUGGAAAUCUAUACAACUCAUAACUAGGAAUAAAUGCAAUUAUUUUGUUGGAAAAAACUCUUAAUUUCUUUACUGAAGUAGUUAUUAAACGGGAAUGAAGGUUUUUCUUCAAGACAUCGAUGCUUCACCACCUUCUCAAAAGGAUAAAAAUAUUUCACCGUUUAUUUCGAAUGCUCAUCAUUUUCCCCAAGCAUAUGAAAUAACCUUCUCUACAUGUCUUGGAUUGAUUUUAUAUUAUAAAUGUGUUUCUCUUGCAGUAUUUUGUACACAAAAAUCUAAAUAGGUAAUAGGUAAUAGGACAGGUAAUAGGACAGGCUGGGUUUUCAACGCAGGGAGGUCAUAGCAUGGCUAUUGUUUACGUUUUGUCACAUGUAUGUCUAUCCUAACAUCCCCUCUACACUUGGUCAAGUACCAUCAGUGUUUGGCACUGAAGGCCCGCCCUCGGAUUUACCAAUAAAGUGAAAAUCCUACGCAAACCGGUUUUAGAAAUUCAAUCGAAGGGAGACACCUAGGCAGGUGAUUAUGUUUCAAGCCGAGUCACGAACAUUCUGCUUCAAUCAGAUUUUUUGUUCUAAUCGCUUCUUUCCGGAUAAGCAGCUGCCUUAAGCUAGGUGCAAGUAGUUCAGAAGUGUUUCUGCGAGUUUUAUUAACUGAACGCGCUCAACAGAGCGUCAACAUGGGCCAACAGGCCGAUUGGUAGUAUGGGUUGGGCGAGACGAAAUCUUCUCUUGAAAAUGUUUGGCCUUUUGGUGCUUUAGCUUGUUUUGGAAAUAGGUCUUACGAUUAACCACUUGGAAAGGGCUUUCUUUUUUACGAUUGGUAUAUGAAUGUCGGAUUUGACGCUUUUAGUUGCAUAUAUGUAAAAUUAUACUCUACAGAUUACGUCACGUAUACUCUACAGAUUACGUCACGUAUUUAAGUGAAGAACAUUUUAAAACUCAUUGACAAUGUUAAGUGACUGACUAAUUUAAUGUCAUAGAAAUCUUCGUGUUUCUGUAGACAGCCAAAGUCAAUUUACCUACACCAAUCUUGUGCCGCUUUCUUGAAUUACCGGUCUUUUUGACGAGAGAAAGGUAAAUAUUUAAACCAACAGCUGAAAAUAUUGGAGAGGAGUUAUGAUAUAAGUGACUUUCUUCCAACAUAUUGUUUAUAGUUAACUUACGGUAUAAAUCUUUUUUUUUACUUUAUGUAUUCCUUUAACAUGCCAUUUAGUACCAUAGGGCUUAAAAAUGUUCUUUUCCAGGUCAUG